UAUGUGUUAAAAAACCACCAGGCGUUGGUUUCCGUGAUGCACCUCCUUCCUGAGAAUGUCCUCAUAUCUGGAAAUGAGAACAUUCCAGGGCUUGCAACUUCUCCGACAGGGGACGCUCUGCUGAGGCCUCAGCUGCUCAAGAUGCUGCCCUUCACCCUGAACAAACUGACCAUCUCCCUCCAGCCGUCCCUGGAAAAGUUUGAGAGCCAGCUGCUGCAGCUGAUCAAUGCUGACUGCCACAACACAUCCACAGGAUCGGUUGGUAACAAGCCUCCAUGAACUGUUGUUGGUCAUUGGUGGUCAUUUUCACUUAUUCAAAUAAAU